AUGUAUUCGCUAAUCCGCCUGCUAAUGGAGGCGUACAUACGACAAAAGCGUGCUUCUCCUGGCAUGGUGCAGGCCAGUGACUUACAAAUAACCCGUCCUAUGUCCGGGCUGCGCACAACAACGGCUAAUAGCCGCGAGUUGCACGCUUACGACGGUCCAAUGCAGUUCAUCAGCUCGCCACACAACCCCGAUCAAUUAUUAAGUAAUACCACUACCAACACAACGCCAACGAAUACCACCGUUAUCCCCAGCAGCAACAUGGUCAUCUCGAAUGGGCGAGAACGCGGCAGUAAUUCGAACAAUAUACGUCCGCGAACAGCUCAUAUGACGAGUCACAUCAUCAAUCAAGAGGAUUUAAUUGAGGAAAUAUCCUCCCAUGAGCUCGAAGACGACGAAAGUAGUCCGGUCAACCAUGUGGCCACCAAUGGACAAAGGCAAAGACAACGCCAACAACAACAAUUGCAACAGCAUCAACAACACUCCUACAGUCACGACCAGGAUAGCAGCACACUGGACGAAGACGAUUAUGUGAAUCGCAAUAUCGAGGAAGCAGCACCUGUAAUGCCAUUAAAUCAUAGCAUAGCACAUACGAACAGCACUACCAUCGUCGCAGCCACCAGUGCACGCAGCUCAUCGGCUCAAUCCGCUGGUUCUGCCAACAACACUGCCAAUACCUCGAAUAGUGCGCAACAAACGUCCUCGAUGGCGGACGCCAGCGGCGAACCGGAAGGUGACCUCAUCGGCAACAUCGACCAAUUCGUUAUACAACCAGCGGCACAGGGUGUGCUCUUCAAAUGUCGCAUAACACGCGACCGGAAAGGUAUGGAUCGUGGCCUUUUUCCGAUCUACUAUUUGCAUUUGGAGCGGGAUUAUGGAAAGAAAAUAUUUCUCUUGGGUGGACGCAAACGGAAGAAGAGUAAAACAUCCAAUUAUAUUAUCAGCUGCGAUCCUACGGACUUAUCUCGCAACGCGGAGGGCUUCUGCGGCAAAUUGCGUUCCAAUGUGUUCGGCACCUCCUUUACAGUGUUCGAUAAUGGCAGCAAGGACAGCACGGAGAAUCCACGACUUGAUUUGGGGGUUAUAAUCUACGAUACCAAUAUCUUAGGUUUCAAAGGUCCACGCAACAUGACAGUAAUACUGCCCGGCAUGACGGAAGAAGAUCAACGCGUAAAAAUCAGUUCAGCCGAUCCCAAACAACAGGGUAUACUUGAUUUGUGGAAAAUAAAGAACAUGGACACAAUAGUGGAGUUGCAUAAUAAGACGCCCGUCUGGAAUGAUGAAACACAGUCUUAUGUACUCAAUUUUCAUGGGCGCGUUACGCAGGCAUCGGUUAAAAAUUUUCAACUCGUACACGAUUCUGAUCCCGAUUAUAUAGUCAUGCAAUUUGGACGUACCUCCGAAGAUGUAUUCACCAUGGAUUACCGUUAUCCAUUGUGUGCACUGCAAGCCUUUGCAAUAGCGUUGAGCAGUUUUGAUGGCAAAAUUGCGUGCGAAUAG